UUGACCACUACAAAAGAACAAUCGUCCUAUUCAUUUAUUCGUGUUCAUUUAUCAGAACAUUUGCAGAGUUAAAAAAUUUAAUUAAGAACGAUCGUCGAAGUUUGUGUUUAUCCGCUCAAUGCGGUGUCUAAGUACUAUUAUAUGUCUAUGGUUAGCACGAACAAGGUGGAUUAAUUACUUGCUUUCUAAUCCAUUUCCUCAAUGUCUUUGGAGGAAAAGUUGAAAGUUAAGAUACUGGAAUCACGUCGGCCAAACGAUGUUCAAAUAACUCAAAGGGGCAAAGGACAAAAUCGUAAGUUUCCUGUUUCAUGGUCUGAAAGAAAUGACUGGCUAAUGGCAAGUGUAGCCAAGAAUUCACUUUUCUGUUGUCCGUGCCGGCUUUAUGGAGGGGGAUACGGCAUGGACCCAACAAGGAAUUGUUUAAUUUGACACGUUUGUCAGACAAAAAUAGUAUAAAUAUUGGUAAUAUAGCUGCAUAGUACAGUGGUUAGCAUGACUUGCUACCACAGGGGAUUUUAUUCUGUUGUGCAGUGUCGUUGUCAUAGUUUCAGUAAGUGAAGAUUUUCAGCUAAAACUGCAGAGUUAAAUUAUUAUUAUGUUGUAUUUUACUGUCUCAGGUUCAAGCUGCACAGUCUUUUCAUUCAAUACAUUUUUGGGAAGUUGAAAUUUACCUUCAGACAGGUUAAAAACCACUGAUGUAGAGCACUAAGAAAGUGUAGUGUAGUUGUAUGACUGUAUUGAUGUAACUGUGUGUAUUGCAGGUGAUGUCUCUUUUGCUGCUGUGUUAACUAUUUAAUCACCACCCACCAAAUUUCACCACCACCCGCCACUGCAUAGGAACGAAAGUCCGCUACGAGCAACAUCGUGUUGCCAGGCUCUGUUAGAUUUCCUAUUUAUGAAGCAGCUUGUUCCUAGACUCUUGUCCUGAUCUGCUUUGUUAAAUAUCUCAAUUUCAUGCCAUGCCAGCAUGUCUGAUCGGUGUAAGCAGAAACCCACAGUGGCUUCUAUAUAUUACAGAGUCCUUUAGUUCACCAGCAAUACUCAGGGUUAACUACUAAAAAGAUUUGUCAGCCAAGAUUCCCCACCCCACCUCCCGUACAGGUGAGAUGUUGGCCUUAAAUGCUCUUUUUUUCCAUCUCCUGUUCAUAUUUCAUCCUCUUGUUAAGUGUGCCAUAUGGUCGCACAGCAGGCAGCCUUGGGUACAAGAACGCUGCGAGAGAAAACUCUGAAUCAUAACUGACUUCUGUUUCUAAAGAGCACGUCGGAGAUGUACGCACAGGCAGCCGCAAACGCACGCUCCGAGUGACUACAGAGUCUUCAGUCAUGGCUCAGUGUAACGUAUGUGUUUUCCAUUAUUUCAUGCUUCAUUACUGAGACACAGGAGACGGGAACGACGCGACACUUGUCUGGUCAAACUGGAGGAACGUGAGAAGAGGGCAAAGCAAGAUCUCUGUGAAGAGGAUGAGAGAAGCUGAAGAUCAUCUAUUAAAUAGGUGAUAAUGCGGGAUCACACGUCCGGUGCUAAUGUGGAGGAUCUGCUGAGACGGUCUCAGAUGGAGUUACAGUGGAUCCAGAGACAGUUGGCCAUGAUCGCUGCCAGGAAUAUACAUCAUCACCACCUGCACACCAAGGGCAAGUCAAAAUUUGAGGCGUCAUCCCAGCAAGCUGCAGGACACUCUACAAUCUCCAGUGUGAACCGCUGUCGCCUGCUGGAGGAGAGGAACCGAGCUCUGAAGCUUGAAGUCACCACACUUCGCCAGGAGAAACAGCAAUACAGGAAGCUGAAAGCAAAGCUCCAUGCCGCCUUGCAGGAGAAAAAUCGCCUGAACCUCGAGCUGAUCAAUCACCACCUGAAGGCGUCAAAGUAUGACCAGGUACGAUCUGACUAUGACCAGCUGAGACAGACCUUUGCUGUAGUGAGCCAGGAAAGAGACGUGGCCCAGGAGCAGAGGAGCCAUCUCCAAGGCAAGGUGGACGACCUGGAACAUGUUCUAAAGCAUAUGCACGAGGCCGUGGAGCUGAAGCAGCAGUUGCAGACAGAGCAUGAGCGAGCCUUGGUGGAUCUUCACGCCAAGCAGAAGGAGAUCAAUCAGCUGCAAAAGGCUUGGGUUCAAAUUGACCAAGAGCAUGAGGAAGCAGUACACCUGUUAGAGGUCAAGGUUCACGACCUGGAGCAGAAAUGCAGGUCGCAGAGUGAGCACUUCCAUCAGUUGUCCAAAGAGCUGCUGAAUUUCCGUUUGCAGUCAGAACCCGUGGGCAUCCUUAAAGUCAGCCCCACCUCCGGAUCCCGUGUCCAGUUCUCGCCGGAGAAGAUCUCGCAAGUUGUCGUUGGAUUUGAAGCCCGGCCAGAGACAGGUGAUGAGAGCGCGGCAAACGCGCCGCCGCUGAUUUCCCAGUUCUUGCCUUGCCCACCGCAGACUGGAGACAGACGACGAGCAGAACUGCUGUCUGUCAAAUCCAGCACCGUGACGACGGACCGCCCCAGCAGCCCUCGACAGCUUACCCCAUCAGAGAUGGAGGAUGAGGCCAGCCCAUCACCCAGGUCCAAACCUCGCUACACAGGCCAGGUCCGCCUUUGCACUGCCCGUUACAGUUACAACCCCUACGAUGGACCAAAUGAGCACCCUGAAGCAGAACUUCCCCUCGUGGCCGGAAAGUACCUGUACGUGUACGGAAACAUGGACGACGACGGCUUCUAUGAAGGGGAACUACUCGAUGGCCAAAGAGGACUCGUUCCUUCCAACUUCGUGGAGUUCGUCCAGGACAAGGAGAAACUCGCCAUUCAGGCUGGCGAAGGAGGAGACGACCUGGGGCCGCUGGACCACGCGCCCCUGGCUUUGACGGCUGCGGAUGGAGGUGCCUCCCAGGACUGCCUCCUGGGCCCGUCCAACGCCUUGGUUCCCUUUAGCAACGGGACGAGCGGGCCCCUGGAUCCCGAGGACCUAGCCGAAGACGGUGUGCCUUACCCCCGGAAGAUCAACCUGAUCAAGCAGCUGGCACGUAGCGUCAUCGUGGCCUGGGAGCCUCCACUAGUGCCUUUGGGUUGGGGGAACAUCUCUGGCUACAACGUGCUGGUAGACGGGGAGCUGCGUGCCAGCAUGCCAUACAGUGGCCGGACCAAGUGCUUGCUGGAGAAGCUGGACCUGGACGGCUGCGUCCACCGCGUGUCCGUGCAGAGCGUCACCGACCGGGGCCUGUCGGACGAGCUGCGCUGCACGCUGCUGGUGGGCGCCAACGUGGUGGUGGCGCCGUGCGGCCUGCGGGUGGACAACAUCCAGCGCGACACUGCCGAGCUCUCUUGGUUGCCCAGCAACAGUAACUAUGGUCACACCGUGUUCUUAGACGGGGCGGAGCACGCGGCGGUGAAGCCGGGGAGGUACCGGUUGCGCUUCUUCAACCUGAAGCCCCUGACGGUGUACAAAGCGACGGUGGUGGCACAGCCACACCAGGUGCCAUGGCAACUGCCGCUGGAGCAGAGGGAGAGGAAAGAAGCCGGCGUGGAGUUCUGCACUCAGGCGGCAGGUCCACCACCAUAUUGCAGAACAGGCCCUCCGCUGCCUCCCCAGGAUGUUCAGGUGCUCUGCGGGCAAGCUCCGGGGGUCCUGCAGGUCCGCUGGAAGCCCCCCGUCCUCUCUCCCACAGGCACAUCUAAUGGGGCAAAUGUCAUCGGCUACGUAGUCUGCACUAAAGGGCAGAGGAUAGCUGAGGUGUUGUUCCCAAUGGCAGACUACGUCACGGUCGAGCUGAACCGGAUUCAAUGCCUGGAGGCCAGGGAGGUCAUCGUUAGGACGCUGUCAGUACAGGGAGAAUCCCAGGACUCCCAAGUCGCCUCCAUUCCAAACAACCUUCUCGUGCCUCUACCGCCUCUUCCCCUGCCGCCGCCGCCGAUGCACCCUCACGCAGGUCCACCUCAACACCCGCACGCUCAACCCCACCUCCAGUCCCCCCACCUCCCCCACGGCCCACCCCAGCUCCCCGCUCCGCCUCACGGGCAGCCGCUCCAGCCCCAUCCUCCGCACACUCAGACCCUCCCCAGGCUCGCCCACCCGGGCGGCCCGCCGCAGCCCCAGCUCCAGCUCCGGCCGCCGCACCCCCAGCCCCUGCAUCUCCAGCCCUGCCCGCCCCACCAGGGUCCCAGGCCCCAGCACCAACUGCCUCUGCUGCCCCACGCCCAGCCCCACCCUGUACCUCAGAGACCAGUAAGUGCCAGAGACCUGGAUGCCAAAGAGCACGCGGCCCAUCACGGCGGAGCCGUCCCGCCCGGCCAGCCCGGCCAGCCCGGCUGGGACCUCCCGCGCUCUCCUUCUUCCCAGCCUCCCGUGCCGAUGCAAGGCCACACCCUCGAGGCACCUCCCGGCGCCAACCCGCGCUCCCCCUCCCCGCAGAGGAUUCUCCCUCAGCCCAGAGGGACACUUAUCCCGGACACCAUGGCCAAAGCUAUUGCUCGAGAAGCAGCGCAGAGGGUGGCGGCAGAGAGUGGCAAGGGAGACAGGAGGCAGGGGCGGUACGGAGAGCAGGGUACAUUUCACCAGCAUCACUCCGAUGAGGAAGAGGAAGACGAGGAGGGAUUCGCACGUGGCCGUCGAAGAGGACCUUCCGUCGAUGAGUUCCUGAGAGGCUCUGAGCUGGGGAGGCCGCCUCACUAUAGUCACAAUGAAGAUUAUCACAGCGAGAGCAGCCGGGGCUCUGACCUGUCUGACAUCAUGGAAGAGGAUGAGGAGGAGCUGUACUCUGAGAUGCAGCUGGAAGAGGGACGCCGGCGCAACUCGCACAACACACCCAAGACAAACGCCGGCGCCGGAGGCCGCCACAACCGGGACGCCGGGAGGCAGGUUCAUCACGGCGGUCCCCAGCCCCAGAGACGGCCGCUGAUGGUCCCCUCCAUCGAGGUAACCUCUGAGAAUAACAGUGAGGGAAACCUCUCCCCCAUCAACGAGGAUGUUUACUAUGGCAGAGUAGCUCGGCACAGGACGUGGCCAUCCCGCAGGCACAUGGGCGCCAACAGGUCUCCCCAUGACGGCUACAGGGACCGGGACCGGGAUCGCCGCUCUCCGACCUACUAUGACGAGUCGGAGCCCGAGGAGUCCUUUCGGAUCUUCGUGGCCCUCUUCGACUACGACCCUCUCUCCAUGUCCCCCAACCCGGACGCAGCCGACGAGGAGCUGCCCUUCAAAGAGGGCCAGAUUAUUAGGAUAUAUGGCGAUAAGGACACAGAUGGGUUUUACAGAGGAGAAGUGAGGGGCAGGAUGGGGCUGAUCCCCUGCAACAUGGUGUCGGAGAUACGAGCAGAUGACGAGGAGACCAUGGACCAGCUCAUCAAACAGGGCUUCCUGCCACUCAGCACCCCUGUGGACAGAAUAGAGCAGAACAGAAGAGGCCUCCGCCGAGAUCAGGCCUCGAGGAGGAUGGUGGCUCUGUACGACUACGACCCCAGGGAGAGCUCGCCCAAUGUUGAUGUCGAGGCCGAGCUGACGUUCUGUGCUGGCGACAUCAUAGCUGUGUUUGGAGAUAUCGAUGAAGAUGGGUUUUACUACGGCGAGAUGAACGGCCACCGUGGUCUGGUUCCCUCCAACUUCCUGGAAGAAGUGCCUGAUGACGUGGAGGUGUAUCUGACCGAUACCCCAUCCCACUACCCCCAGGAAGAGCCCGCCGCCCGGCCCCCCGCCAACGCCGCCGCCGUCUCCGAGAGCAAACGGAUUGCCACAGAAACCACCGACACGGUCGACAACGACGCCACGCCAGUCCGGGCGCCGUCCCCGAUCGUCCGCCCGCUCCUCCCGGGCACCAUGAGACCCCUGAGCCCGACGAGGGGUCACCACGUCCCCAUGGACCCCCGGGACACUCAAGACCUGGCGAACAAGAAGAAGAAAGGACUGCUCUCCAAGGGGAAGAAACUGCUGAAGAGACUCUCACCUGUGAAAUAAAAAAAAAAAAAAAAAAAAGAAAUGUACAAUGUGUGCACAUGCUGGGCUCUGUAUAUUGCAUCCAUACAAUCAACUCUGGUUCAGACGGAGAGGUCUCUCCUGGAGUGCGUGAGCCAGUCCGAGUGUAACAAGUGAUCCAAUUAUACAUGUUCAGUGAUGGAUACGAAUUAUGUACAGUGCAGUGCCAAAACCAGGAGCGAGGUCACCUGCAGACACAAAAACAUAUAACUGUGAUGUAUUUUAAAGCAAGGGAUGGUGGGGGGGGGGGGGGGGGGAAUAACAACUACAAAAAAAAAAACUAGGAUUUUCAUGACAUGUGUUUUUUUCUCUUUUCUUUACCAUGAGGCAAAGGAAACUUUACAUUUAUUUUAAACAGGGUAGCUGUCAAAUCGAAGCAUUUGGUUGCGUUAAAGUUUCCAAAAAGCUUUCCUCAGCGGAAAAAAAAAAAAAAAAGACACGUGGAAACACGCCACACUCCUCUUGGAAAACGUCAAACAGACUACACUGUUAUCGAGGCAUUGUGUGAAGCAAUGCUGGCUGCUAACACGGAUUCUUAUUCAGUGCACUAUCUACAGAGAGCUGGUAGCAUGUGAGGGAGGAGGAGGAGGAGGUGCGUUUCCACGCGCGGAGGAAUUUCCAGAUUGGCAACAGGGCAUUAACGUCAGAAACACCCGGAGAGUUCAGCCGCCUCAGUGGCCUUUUUGUUUUCUACGACAAACAGUAUGAGCGCGACAGUCCUCGUUUGAUUGCAGCCGUUUUUUGUUUUGUUUUGUUUUGUUUUUUAACUUUGCUCGACUUGUGCUCCGUCGAGUCGACGCAGUGUUUGCUGUCGCGCGCCGUCACACUGUCAUGAAACGCCUAGUUCAAGACAAAGGUUUUGUGUCUAUCUUCCGUGUCGAUUGCACAAAAAAAGUGGGGUGUUCCGUCUGAUGGUUUGUUUGUGUGCCUGUGUGCGUAAGGCGGUGUGCGAUGCGUUCAUUUUCUUGCACCUUUUCAUUCUUCACACCUCUUCUGUUUGUUUUUUGUUGUUUUUCUGAAGGAGAGGCCGUGUAGUUGUUGGUCCUGUGAUCUAGUGAUGUGCUGCUACCUCCAUUGCCUGUGCACUGUUAAGUUUGGCUGUCUCGUGUUGACGUACAGCCGGCGGGACACGCCGAGGCCUCGGAAAAACUACUAAGUGGAAAACCUAGCUGAGAUCUGUGGAGAGAACUUGUGUGCACACUUGCACCGAUCAGGCGUAACAUUAAAACCGCUGACAGGUGAAAUAACAUGGACCAUAUUGACACGCCGGGAAAUUUUUGGACCUGGCGUUCAUGAUGAGCCACAGCUGUUUUGGAGGCACAAGAGAGACCAACAACAUAUUAGGAAGGCGGUCAUAAUGUUGUGCUUGAUCAGUGUACGUCGAUGCCCACCGUACAAAGUCAAUUUAUUACGCAGCUUCAAUUUUUCUAAUGGAAACUGGUACACAACAGAUGUUCUACUUCAUUCCAAUAAUCUUGAAGGAUUUAAAUUUUCCCAAACCGCUCUAAUCGAUAAUGGUUUUGGUAGCUUUAGUUUGAUGACUUAUAUGCAAACUUUUUCUAGUCUUCAAAAAUAAAGAACUUUACUGGCAUGAACCCACAAAAACUGAUUAGAUCAGCCGGUAGUCACACAGACUGUAAUCAGUCCACAAACGACACAAAAGGCUGUGUAGAGGAAACAAACCAAAUUGGAAUUACUGUACGUAUUGUGUGAUUAGGGAAACUGAAUGUUGGCUGUUUUAUUAUUUGUUUCUCCUUAAAUCUUUUUCAAUUUUUUAUUUUUUUUGCUCCAGUAUUUGUUUUCGGUUAUAGCAUUUUAAUCUUCUUCCGCAGCCACUUGUGCGAGGAGAGUUUCAAAUUCAACUCAAAUAACUUUUGUUUAGAAAACCGGGUUAACUGGACAUUUGCAAAGCUCGGAAAGGAAAUGAGGAAGUAAAAAAAAAAAAAAAAAAAGGUUUUAUUUCUUUUCCAUUUUGUGUGUGGAAUGAUCUCUGUAUAAUCUCACGGCACACAAUUCAGAUCUGUUUAUCCGGUGGCCUGAACGCAACUAAACUCAAUGUCCUACCUCAGAGUUCUUGCUUUUGAGGAGACGAACGUUGUGCGUUUCAAAUCUCCAUAAUUAUAGGAAUAAAUAGUUUAAAUAGAAAUCGUUAAGUAUGGAAAGAAAGCGUGUGUCGUGGAGAUGACUAGAAGUGCUCAAGACCUUGAUUACUCCCUGAAGGGACGGUACGAAUCAAAGCUUUAACAAUUUGAAGAACUUCGGUCUCGUUUUAAAUGUUCAUUCUAUCCUGUUUAGCUCCUUACGUUGAUAUUGCACUUGAAAGAUGAGUCCGAGAAGAGUUUAUUGACUGAAGCAGGGUUCCCCUCCUCUUUAUUCAUUAUUAAUGCUGUUGAUGACAAGAGAGGGUGGCUAAAACCGAAUGAAGGAAAAGUUUGGUUGAUGAGUAGGUUUACAUUGAAUUCAUUUUGCUCCAGAGCUGUUCAUGUAUAGUUUCUCUUUCAACCCGACAUUAAGCUGAAAUUCUAUAGUGUUUCAAUACCAAAUCAUUCAUUUGUGAAUGGGUGUACUGUCUCUAAUACGCUGUAGCUCUUUUGUACUUGGGUCCGUUUGUAGAUAAUUUCUAAAUGUUUCUACUUGAUUUUACGACAGCCUUUUUUUUAGUGCACUGAGAUUUCCUCUCCCCGUAAAAAGACUGCAAGCAUUCUCCAUAGUGUCCUUUCAAAUCAGAUGUAUCGGUCCACCGUAUGUGCUUGCUCUGUGAAUCAAGGUUAAAAAGUGGAAAAAACAAACAAAAAAAUGUCAAAAAAAAGUAAAAGAGAAAUCGCUGGACAGUAUUUAAGAUGAUUAAUUAUGUGUGGGUGUGCAUGUGAAAAAAAAAAAUACAGCUUUUAUAUCCAAAUUAAAUUUGAUAUUUUUUAGAAAA